GCUCCAGGCCAGCUCCUGACGAUGGGAAACUGGGUGGUUAAUCACUGGUUCUCAGUUUUGAUUCUGGUUAUUUGGUUUGGACUCAACGUUUUCUUGUUUGUGCAAGCAUUUCUGCAAUAUGAGACGGACGACAAGUACUACUACACAAGGGAAAUCCUUGGGUCUGCACUGGCCUGGGCCCGAGCCUCUGCUCGCUGCUUGAAUUAUAACAGCAUGCUGAUCCUGGUUCCCGUGUGUCGCAAUCUGCUGUCCUUCGUGAGGGGCACCUGCUCAUUUUGCAGUCGAACACUGAGAAAGCCAUUGGAUCACAAUCUGACCUUCCACAAGCUGGUGGCGUAUAUGAUCUGCCUCCUCACAGCUGUUCAUAUAAUCGCACACCUGUUUAACUUUGAACGCUACAGCAGAAGCCGGCAGGCCACAGAUGGAUCCCUGGCCUCUGUUCUCUCCAACCUAUCUCAUCAUGGGAAGGAACGAGAUUCUUGGCUAAAUCCCAUCCAUUCCCCAGACGUGACAUUGUUGUAUGUGACGUUUACCAGCAUCGCUGGUCUCACAGGAGUUGUUAUCACGAUAGCCUUGAUUCUCAUGGUAACUUCCGCUGUGGAGUUUAUCCGGAAGCAUUAUUUUGAGGUCUUCUGGUAUACGCACCACCUCUUCAUCAUCUAUAUCAUUGGCUUAGUGAUUCAUGGUGCUGGUGGAAUUGUCCGAGGUCAAACGAAGAAGAGCAUGGAGGAGGACCAUCCUCAUGAAUGUGCAGACUCUUUUGAGAAGUGGGAUGACCCUGACCACCACUGUAGGCAUCCUCAGUUUGAAGGGCACUUCCCUCAGUCUUGGGAGUGGAUCCUUGCACCAUGCGUUCUUUAUGCCUUUGAAAGGAUCCUCCGGUUCUAUCGUUCCCGGCAGAAGGUUGUGAUUACCAAGGUGAUCAUGCACCCAUCCAAAGUUUUGGAACUGCAGAUGAAGAAGCGCGGUUUCAGCAUGGAAGUGGGGCAGUACGUCUUCGUUAACUGCCCCUCAAUCUCUUUCCUGGAGUGGCAUCCCUUUACUCUGACCUCUGCUCCAGAGGAAGAUUUCUUCUCCAUUCAUGUCCGAGUAGCAGGGGACUGGACAGAAAAACUCAUCAAGGCUUUUGAACAACAGAAGUCCCCACUACCCAGAAUUGAGGUAGAUGGUCCCUUUGGCACAGUCAGUGAGGAUGUUUUCCAGUAUGAAGUGGCUGUGCUGAUUGGAGCAGGAAUUGGGGUCACUCCCUUUGCUUCCAUCUUGAAAUCCAUCUGGCACAAAUUGCAGCAUGCUGACCACAAACUCAAAACCCAAAAGAUCUAUUUCUACUGGAUCUGCAGGGAGACAGGUGCCUUUGCCUGGUUCAAUGACCUGUUGAAUUCCCUGGAACAGGAAAUGGAGGAAUUGGGCAAAGUGGGUUUUCUAAACUACCGUCUCUUCCUCACCGGAUGGGAUAGCAACAUUGUUGGCCACGCAGCAUUAAACUUUGACAAGGCCACUGACAUCUUGACAGGUUUGAAACAGAAAACCUCCUUUGGGAGACCAAUGUGGGACAAUGAGUUUUCUACUAUAGCUACUGCCCACCCCAAGUCUGUGGUGGGGGUUUUCUUAUGUGGUCCUCAAGGUCUGGCAAAGAGCCUGCGCAAAUGCUGUCAACGACACUCCAGUCUGGAUCCUAGGAAGGUUCAAUUCUACUUCAACAAAGAAAACUUCUGA